AUGCAUGCUCUUUUCGGUGAACAAAGCCCAUAUGCGUACCGCGGUGGUGCGGCCGGUGGAUAUUCAGCCGGCGUCGCACCAUACGCUUAUGAACAAUAUCGCUAUGGUUAUGGAGCCCCGUACCUCCACCCGCAUCAGCAGCAUGUGGGGGCACCGAAAGACAUGGUCAAACCGCCAUACUCGUACAUAGCCCUUAUUGCGAUGGCAAUACAGAAUGCACCAGAGCGGCGCAUCACGUUGAAUGGUAUUUAUCAGUUUAUCAUGGAGCGAUUUCCCUAUUAUAGAGAAAACAAACAAGGAUGGCAAAAUUCUAUAAGACACAACUUAAGCCUCAACGAGUGUUUUGUUAAAGUAGCCAGAGACGAUAAAAAACCUGGUAAAGGUAGUUAUUGGACAUUAGACCCAGAUUCGUAUAACAUGUUCGAUAACGGUUCAUAUCUAAGGCGGCGGCGCCGUUUCAAGAAAAAAGAUGCUUUAAAGGAAAAAGAAGAAGCACUUAAGCGACAACAGCAACUUCAACAAGCACAGGAGGCGCUCGCCGCACAAGAAGCGUUAUCGGCAGCUGAUGCUCUCGGACAGCAACGUGACGUCAAACCUGAUGUAAAACCACGGAUUUUUGAGUGCCGACCGAAGAGGGAACCCGGCGCAGAAUGCACAAGAUACGAUAAGCCAGUAGAUUCGAUUGACGAAUUCAAUGAACCGAGAUUGCCGCCGUCUGCGGUGUACUGUUCUCCGCAGCCGUAUUCUUUAGCGGCAGAAGAUUUUCGUGCAGCCACAUCGGGAUGGUAUACAGCACCCGAGCCUCCGGCCGAGCAACUCCCGCCGGCUUUUCGUGAUUUAUUUGAACCACCAAGCUGUCAGUUGGCUGGGUUUCGGGGAGGCUCGCCACCGCCGGAAGCUUACCGCGCGUCGCCGCCGCAUCACCACUAUCGCACGCCGGCGCCGUCUUACUACCACCACCAGGCGUGUGUGGCUGCUGCACCCGCUCCGGCACACAAGUCCUAUUGA